AUGCUCAGUGCGAACCUCCUUCGUCGUGGCCAUAAGGUGAUUGUCAUAACACAUAGCCACCCACCAGACCGUGUCGGCAUCAGAUGGCUGCUUCCCUCGCUGAAGGUGUACUAUAUCCCUUUCCCGACCAUUGCCUCGUCGGCGACCCUGCCCAACUACUUCACGUUCUUGCCGUACUUUCGGACUAUCAUACUCCGGGAGGGGAUACAGCUCAUACACGGCCACGCCGGCUUGUCCUCGUUGGCGCAGGAGGCGAUCCUACAUGCUCACCAUAUGGGCGUACGGACGGUCUUUACGGACCACAGUCUGUUCGGCUUUGAUGAUGCCGCUAGCAUCCUCACAAACAAACUACUAGAAGGUGCACUGCGAAACGUCGACGCUGCUAUAUGCGUUUCACAUACCGGGCGUGAGAACACUGUAUUGAGGUCAAGGUUGCCCCCGGAACACGUCUAUGUCAUACCCAACGCUAUCAUAGCCGACCAGUUCAAACCAGCAUCUUCGCCCCCCUCCACUGAUCCCAUUACCAUUGUAGUCAUAUCUCGCAUGGCCUACCGGAAAGGAGUUGACCUUUUGGUGGCCACGGCACCUCGAAUAUGCGCCCUUUUUCCUAACGUGCGCUUACUGAUAGGCGGGGACGGUCCUAAGAUGAUAGACCUCUUGCAGAUGCGAGAAAAAUACCUUCUCCAAGAUCGUAUCGAAAUGCUCGGUAUGGUCCGCCAAAACGAUGUUCGCGAUGUUCUCGUCAGGGGUUCGAUAUUCAUGACCACCUCUCUCACCGAGUCGUUCGGCAUCGCAACUCUAGAGGCUGCCUGUGCAGGGCUUUACGUGGUCUCCACUCGUGUCGGCGGGUUACCAGAGAUCCUCCCAGAAGACGUGAUCUCCUUCGCUAACCCAGAUGAAGACGAUGUGGUCCGCGCAAUGUCAGAAGCAAUUGCGCUAGUAGCCGCCGGAAAGCACGACCGAUUCCGUGCCCAAGCAUGGAUGAAGGGGUACGACUGGAAGGAAAUCACCCAAAGAACGGAGACAGUGUAUGAUUCCGUUCUGAGCUCCACCCCGACCGACUUCUGGACGCGUUUGCAUCGCACUCUCGACCUGGGCCGCUUCGCGGGUAUCAUCUUCGCUAUCAUAUUGCUCGUCGACUGCCUCUUCUUCAUGUUUCUCGAGUGGUAUCUACCGGAGGACACGUUGGACAAAGUCGAGAUGCACUGGGAACACGAGAACUUCGAGGAGGCUGUGAGAAAUUACGAGGUUAGGAAAGCGUCAUGA